AUGUAGUGUGCGCGUUGGAAUGAGUUCGGUGCCCGGGGUGAGCCACGCCCACACCGAGGCCGCCCACGCUCACGCCCCCGCCCACGCCCGCCACUUCCCGCCCUACAACUGCCUGGUGGAGAUGGAGCUGGGGGAGGGUCUGACGGGCCGGCUCCUCGACACCCACAACCUGCUCUUCGGAGACGGGUUCUCCGACAGUUUGUCGUCGCGCGUCGUCGGCGUUGACGGUAACAGCGCCUACCGCCCGUGGGAGGCCGACCAUCCGGCCGACCACCGACAACCCGACCACCGACUGCACCCGCUGGCGGCCUCCUCCGCGCCUAUCCAAGUGCUGACGCACACGCCGUCAGUGGCCGUGGCCUCAGGGGCGCAGAUGGCACACUAUGCGCACACUAUCCCCACCUACAGCGACACGUACCCUGGGGGCCCUCCGCCGCACCACGUGGGCCCCCAGCACCCGCUAUCGCACAAACUGCCGCCCUUCGCUGCCUUCAGCCCCGAGCGGAGUGUGGGCAGCACCACGCCCUCGCCGCUGCCAUCCUUCAACACGCUGCCGUCGCCACACGCCCGCUACCCCCUGGUGCCGGCGCCCGUGCAGGCGCGGGAGAUCCCAACCAUACAGCAGCAGAUGAUGGACGAACGACACAUCCGCAUGUUCGAGUCUCCGCAAGGUAGCGACCCGGCGCCGUCCUCCACCACGCCUGCGCAGGUCUCUCCGAACACGCAGCCUCCCGCCGGCUCCAGCGGCAGCAGCUGCAGCAGCGGCAGCACCAGUAGCAACAACAGCAACAACAACAACAAUGGUCACCAGCAGCAGCAGCAGCAGCAGCAGCAGCAGUUUGACAGCAGUUCGCAGCUGCGGGUGGAGGCGUCGGUGCGGGUAGGCGUUAAGCGAGCGGGUCGAGCGGGUUCUCUAGAGAGCUCUGAGAGCGACGCUUCCGUGUCCGGCACGGAGAACAGCGGUCAAGUCUCCUCCGUGUCCUCCACCGCCGUCAAUAACUCCGAGAACGCGAACAUGAACGCGGGCGCGUCGGGGCCAUGUUCGGAGGGGGGUUUUCGGCCCCCGCCCCCGCAACAGCCGCCCCCUCCGCAAGAUGACCCGCCCGAAAAACCGGUCAAAAAAAAGCGUAAGCGAUGCGGCGACUGUGUGGGCUGUCAGCGCAAGGAUAACUGCGGCGACUGCGCCCCCUGCAGGAACGACAAGUCGCACCAGAUCUGCAAGAUGCGCCGAUGCGACAAGCUGACUGAGAAGCGGGUGAGUACCUCACAAUCCUCAUCUUUUCUUCCUCAUUAUGCUCUAAUAAACUAA